UUGGAAUUCCUUAAUUUUUGACAAAUGGGUCCCAUAAUGGCUUCCAAUCAGCAAGAAGUGGAUAUUUUAGAAAAUUGGGAAGAAAUCGAAGAGACUGAUGUUUUAGAGAAAAAAUUUAAUAACCUUAUAGCUCCCAGUAAAUCACUCGAUAGUAGAAGUAAUGGUAAUUUAGACCAACCUGUUAAAAUUAUACUAACAGGAGACGAUGCCUUAAGAACACAGUACGUGCCUCCGGAGCCUACGGUUAAAAUCCUCAAACGACCAUCUAAAGACCAUCAAACUAACGGAGAUUCUAAAGUAUUCCAACCUAAGAAAACGUUGCAACAAAGAGAAUUAGAAUACGCCGAAGCCAGACUUAGAAUAUUAGGAGAGGCUAGUCCAGAAAAACUCGACGAAAGAAUAAGCAUACAAAAACCGACUCAAACGGAUAGUUUGAAUUUACUUCGGAUGCCGAAAGGUCCAGACGGCACAAAAGGUUUCACAACUAGGAGGUAGUACUUUUCCAAAUAUGAGUUACGACUUUUACAGUUUUUACACGGCAUAUCCAUUUAAAUAUCUCCCGAGAAGCGAUGUAAGGACGCUUGAUUGCAUUUAAUCGUGCAUUAAUUGUGCUACUGUAAAUUAACAUUUCGUUCACAAACAAUAGGAAAUCUAUUGUGGAUAUGUUGACUAUAGCAGUUUUCCAUUGUAUAAUUUAAAUCUGAAUGAUUCAAGACUGAGAAAUAAUAGGUGCAAUAAUUCGGUAAUUACGAAUAGACUGAUUAUCACUAGAAUAACAAUGGCUAGUAAAAUUUCAUAUAGUUGUUAAUGUACGUUUGAAUUUCAAUUUGUCCCGUCAAAAUAGAGAAUCUCUGCUCAAUGAAACACAUCAUGAUUGUUACCGUUGCUUUUCCGGUUUUGAAUCAUUCGAAUCGGACUUAAAAGGUAUAUUUAGUGUAAAUUUUUGUACCAGUGAAUUGUAUAAAAUUAGUUUUAGCAUGUCUGGAAAAUUCAACGUAUUUUGUUCGAUCCCAUCCGAACGUCACGAAUUAAUUUUAAGCGAAAAUUAACGGGAAUAAACUAGUUUUAUGCAAUUUUAUAAAACAUUAAUAUAUCAUGACAUAGAUUAAGUGUUUAUAAAAAUAAUUAGUUUUUCACGAAUAGUGGGAGACUAUUGUUAUUGAAAUUGAUCAAUACUUGUGUCCUAUAAACUCGUUUGUGGGUAAAUUAUUUACUAGCACGAUCGUUUCACAAAGAAAUGCUGCGUAAUUAUGAUAAUAUUAAUAAUGUUGAGAAAGGACCGGAUGCAAAUUUUGUCUUGGGAAAAGUGCUUUGUGAAAUGAAGCUAAACUCUUCUUCAUCGACACCACAAGACUUGUACAAGUCAGAAAAAAAUCAUAUUAAUUAAUACUUUUUAUGAAACGAUUUUGUAUUACUGUAUACUGUAAAAAGUAUAUGGUUCUGUAUUAUUGUAAACAAGUAAAUUCGUUUGUUACUUUCACCGUCUUUCGUAUGAUAUAUAGACCUCAAUCAUAUAACUGUAAGAAGCAAACAAAUAUUUUAAUUUACAGAACAGAUUGUACACUUUUUCGAUAUUAUAUUGAUUGCAAUCAUUUUCAUCAUAUACGAAUAAUUCAUAUGUGUAUUUCUUGUAGAUAUAAAUUCUAAUUUAACAAUGCAUGUAAUAAUAUAUUUUCUUUGAGCUUGUCUUCAUUAUGUAGCAUCAAGUUUGAUAAUAUUAU